ACACCACGAAAAACGCCUAAUGAUUUUUUUUACACUCACAUACGUGGUGUUUUAUCAGCCUUUUAAAAUACGUGUCUGUCAUAUUAAUGGCCGACAGAGAUUUGCGUCCACUUGUAUUCCGUAGGUCAUAGUAUAUGCAGGCUCCGCCUUGUAGUGUAUAGCUGUUGAUGUUUCGUGUGUACCCACGCUAGGAACAAUGAUUGAAUGUUGGCUGGUAAGUAAGGAUGGAAAACAUGGUCGAAUAAGGCUGCCUCAUGCAGAGACUGUGGUAAUUGGCCGAGGGCCUGAGACACAGAUAACUGACAAGAAGUGCUCUAGACAUCAAGUGCAGCUAAUGGCUGAUUGCAAUAAAGGAUAUGUGAAGGUCAAACAGCUAGGAACUAACCCAACAAGUAUUGAUGGUGUGGACAUUGGAAAAGAACAGAAAGUGGACCUGAAGCCUGGUCACACUUUGCAUAUUGUGAAUAAUCUUUACCCAUAUGUGAUAGAGUUUUUGGAAGGAGCAACAAAUCCACAUGCCAAAAGAGAAAAUGAAAACAGAAGCUCAAGCAAGAGGACACAGGAAAACUCAUUAAAUGAGGGCACUGGAACAUCUAUGAAAUUGAUGAAAAAAGAAUCAAAUAUCAGCCCUUCCAGUAGCAGUGGAAAAAACAGCAGCUGCUCAACUGAAGAAAAAUAUAAUGCACAGGAGGUUAAAAGCCAAGGCCAUUGGAGCCAAGGUUUAAAGGCUUCCAUGCAGGAUCCAACUAUGCAGGUCUUUAAGGAUGACAAAGUUGUGGUGAUCAAGGACAAAUACCCUAAAGCACGAUACCACUGGUUGGUUUUGCCAUGGCAAUCAAUAGCGAACCUUAAGGUUCUGAGAGCAGAGCAUCUGGAGCUAGUGCAGCACAUGCAUGCUGUGGGACAAAAGAUAGCAAAGGAGCACUCAGAUUCAAAAUGUGCACCAUUUCAGUUGGGUUACCAUGCAAUUCCAAGCAUGAGCCAUGUUCAUUUGCAUGUUAUCAGCCAAGACUUUGAUUCCCCUUGCCUUAAAAACAAAAAGCACUGGAACUCUUUCACUACGGAUUACUUUUUGGAAUCCCAAGCUAUGAUUGAAAUGAUAAAAACACAUGGCAAAGUCAACGUCAAAGAUGGAGUGUCUGAGCUUCUGAAAACUCCUCUUAUGUGCCACAUUUGCAGGAAGGAGCAAGCAAAUAUGCCUCAACUGAAGGAGCACUUAAAGAAGCACUGGCCAACAUAAUAUAUUGGUAUUUUAUUGUAGUCCUGGUUUUGGAGAUUCUCAUAGAAACUUUUGCUUAUACAAAAGAAUACAUUCUACUCCUAGUGUGCCCUUUUUAAUAUCCAUUUUCAUUUGCUAGGGCUUCUGUUGUUUGUUUGGUUAGUUAAAAACUGAUACUAAAAGGGCGGACAGUUCCAAAGCAUCCUUGCCACAUGGGUGUAUUUUAAUUUUUUAGCCUGUGUUUGGCCAUCCAGUCUGUCAUUUGCUUCAGUAGAAUCCAUCUGUCACUAGACUGAUUUCUGGCAGAAAAUGUAUAAAUGUGUUUUCCUGUCAAAAUCCACAUCAACUCUAAUGUCAUGCAGAUUUCAUUCUAAGACAGACUGAGCAGCCACACUGGGGUGCUUCUUUUCUGUUUGAGAAUGCAGGUAUAUAAUAUGUGCCAUGAAAAAAAAAAUAGAAAAAGAACAGGGCCAGAUGGGUUACAAUACACAAAUUCUUAACGUUCCACCUUUUGGCUACAGAUCAGCAGGUGUUAUCUGAGUUAAUUAAUUGAAACACUGCACUACAGGUUGCCUUUCUUUACUAAAUGUUUUUUCAGAAGUUGGCUAUAUUAAACAUGUCUGUGGGCAGGGCUAUCACAGUCCUGCGUGUUGCAGUGUCACCUGACCAAUCCCAGCAGAUUUGCUGCUCAGGACUCACCCCAAAGCUUAAGGCUAAUGCCAGACGAGGCGCUUGCUGAAAAUUCCGCCCUACGCCUCCUACAUGUGCCUGCACUCGGAUGAAUGGAAUACGCUCGGGUGCCGAAAUACGCAUAAAAUGCGAGACUUUCAAACCUCGCGUUGUUAUGCGUAUUUCCGCUACAUGUGCCUGCACCAGAGCAUAUUCCAUUCAUUCGGGUGCAGGCACAAGUAGGAGGCAUAGGGCGGAAUUUUCAGCAAGCGUUUUUCCACUUGCCGAAUAUAUCCGCCCUACCCCUCGUCUGACAUCAGCCUUAGCCUUAUCAGACUACACCAGAUUGGGUUACACAUCCAGCAAUGUGGCCAAAAGCAAUCAGAAUUUGCUUCUCUUUUGUUGUUGUUAAAGUUUUAAAAAUGCAAAUAAAGUAUAUUUAGAAAUUA